AUGGCUGCACUCAAAAAUUGCAGAAGGCGUGCCUUGCUCGUGUUACAUAACCUCCAUGUUUUCUCCGUCCCUACGAGAGCAGUUUCCGUCAACGUCACCAUCGAUGACCAAUUCGGAGAUGACACCACAGGUUUCAUUCCUACAUAUCUACCCAAUGACGGAACCUGGCACGUCGGCUCCCCCUCUGAGGACUGCGACAGCUGCAAGAUCAAACCCUCCACCCUGGAUAUCAGCCAGAUACACGACCAUACCUGGCACGAUGCAACUCAUACCCCCGGGCUGACCCCUGCUCAAAUCAUCGUGAACUUCACGGGGACCGCAGUGUAUGUCUAUAAUAUCGUGCCCAACUUCCUCCCCAACAACACGGCAACUUUCGCCAAUAUUUCCUUCACUGUGGACGGCGCCGAUACCGGUAGUUUCUUGCACACUCCUGAUCUCAGUACGGAAGUCAUACAGUACAACCAACUUGUUCAUUCGAUCAUGGGACUUUCGAACGGCCCCCACACCCUGGUGAUGACCGCAGACGGCGACACGAAGUCUCUCAUUCUCUUCGACUAUGUCGUGUACACGACGGAGAGCAAUGUUACCUCUACAACGUUUACCGCUUCAACGUCUACUCCUUUGACGUCGAGAACCAUCGUUAGUAGCACCAUGACGACGUCAGAGUCAACGUUAGCUGCGGCUUCUACCCCCUCUACGGCGAAACCUGUUGGCGUCAUUAUUGGAGGAGUAUUAGGAGGGUUAGCUCUCAUCCUGAUAGCGGGAGUCGCGGGAUUACUAUUCCUGCGUCGACGGAAGGCUCAAGGACACGCGAGGCGUGAGCGAUCCGAGCAGAUUCCUUCUCAUCACGACGACCCCCCACUGGAAGCUUACCGUAAACCUCACGGUCUUAGUGAGGUCAGCGGCAACCGCUACAGAGAUUCGCACCCUCCCUUGAUACAGCAUACAAGCGGCGUCCACGUCAGCUCGACUCCGGGCUCUGGGUACGAGUUCGGGGGAGAGCUCUGGCCUGCGGAUCCAAAUCCCCUCACAAGGCCGUCUGCCCAUAUGCGCAGGGAGACGGAGUCCUCAGCUACCUCCACGGGCACGACCGCGACACGAACGUCGAAACGAAGGGAGGUGCUCGCACAAAGAAUCGAUCUAUUGCAGCGAGAGAUGUCGAUGCUCUCAUCUCCUGGAAGCGCGAGGGCUGGGUCGGAGGUCAGUAGUGGCGGCGGGAACAGCACAGCUCUUCGCGCACUAGAGGAAGAGGUCUCCAGGCUCCGUAUUGCAUUCGCGUCGGUCAGCGCGCAGUUGGAGGAACAAAGCAGGGACACUGAGCAUCUUCCGGCUUAUGAAGAGUAG